AUGUGGGGCAAGAGCUUGUCACCACCACAGCCUUCAAUGCAUCUGCUCCAUCCACCUCACAUUGUGCUCCUCAUCACCAAAUCCACGAGGCAAAUCUCUUGUCUGGAAGAGAAUGCUGCACACACUUCAUCGUCCUAUAACGCAACCAACACCAUGCAUUGCACAAAGUGCAGUGGAACCAGUCACUCACUCCACUGCUGUUUACGAAUGCGAUGCAAGCACAGUGCGUACAACCGCAUUGGUACAGUAAGCGACCUCUGUUGUUCUGGGCAAGAAGACAGCUUCCGCCUUGACACGCACAUUGCUGCACCGUGGGAAAUUUGGCGAGCCUUCUUUCGGUAG